GCUGGAGAUUUUGGUUGGAGCGGAUGAGGGGUACCUCGCGUUAGCUUCCACGUUUAUCUUUACCGUUCCUUGAGCCGAAUAAAGCCCACCUGUUGAACCUGUCCGAGGUACUUAUUAUCAGGAGUUAACAAACUUUGAACCAGUAUCAAACCUUUCUUCCAAGGAAUUUACUACAUAGCACACUCCUCAAAAUGGCAUCAGCAGUCUCAAAGCGCCUUGAAGGCAAGACCAUUCUGAUCACCGGAGCAUCUUCGGGUAUCGGAAAGGCCACAGCCUUUGAGUUCGCCCGCACCAGUCCCAAGAACCUCAAAUUGGUCUUGACAGCGCGACGAAUUGAUAGCCUUCGUCAAAUCGCUGAAGAUAUUGUCAAAGAAGUUGGCGAUGGCGUCAAGGUGCAUCCUGUCCAGCUCGACGUCAGCAAGCCUGAGGAGGUGCGCUCUUUCGUGAGCAAGCUGCCUGCAGAGUUCAGUGAGAUUGAUGUCUUGGUGAAUAAUGCUGGUCUUGUCAAGGGCGUUGAUAAAGCUCCCGAGAUCAAGGAAGAGGACAUCAACGUCAUGUUCGCUACCAACGUCACAGGCUUGAUCAACAUGACACAAGCUAUCCUACCUAUUAUGCUGAAGCGUAAUAAUGGCGAGGGAGCUGGUGACAUCAUCAACAUUGGCUCUAUCGCAGGUCGUGAGCCUUACGUUGGCGGUAGCAUCUACUGUGCGACCAAGGCUGCCAUCCACUCCUUCACUGAGAGUCUGCGCAAGGAGCUUAUCUCAAAACGCAUCAGAGUAAUCAGAAUCGAUCCUGGCCAGGUCCAGACAGAGUUCAGUGUUGUGCGAUUUUAUGGUGACAGAUCCAAGGCUGAUGCAGUCUAUGCUGGUUGUGAGCCUUUGACACCGGAUGACAUUGCUGAGACGAUUGUCUUUGCUGCUGGCAGAAGGGAGAACGUGGUCAUUGCUGAUACCUUGAUAUUCCCCAACCACCAGGCUGCGGCUACGAUUAUGCACAGAAAGACUUAGGAGCGCCGUAUCAUAAUUAGACCAAGACACCAACACAAAUAGAAAUUCCCAAACUAUAAAUGCUCGGGUGAUUCACUGGCAAUUUGGCGUUGUUCAAAGCUCGUAAGAAGAUCUUCGGUUAUUUUU